UAUAAAUCGUCGGUAAGUUGGAGAAACUUCACUACACCACACGGUAGCCAGUCAAGACCGAAACACCAGAUAUGCUAAGACUUCUAGCCCUCGCUUCCAUCAUUGCCUGCACCUUUGCAGACUACUACCCGAAGUCUUAUGGACUUAUGAUGGGUGGUCUUGGGGGAGGAUCUAUUGUUGGUGGAGGAAUGAUUGGCGGAGGAAUGAUUGGUGGAGGUUUUGGUGGUGGUUCAGCUGCCGCUGCUUCCGCUGCUGCUGCAGGAGGUGCUGCAGCCGCUGCCGCCGCCGCUGCCGCUGGACGAGGUGCCGCCGCUGCUGCUGCCGCCUCUGCUGCCUCUGGUGGUGUUGGAGGAUUUGGUGGAUGGGCCCCUACAUAUUAUCUCCGACCCUCAUAUAGCUACCCAGUUUAUGGAUUAAUGGGCGGUGGUCUUGGUGGUCUUGGAGGUGGAGCUGCCGCUGCUGCCGCUGCUGCUGCCUCUGGUGCCGGUGGUCUUGGUGGUUUUGGAGGUGGAUCAGCUGCUGCUGCUGCUGCUGCCGCCGCUGCUGGACAAGGUGCUGCUGCUGCUGCCGCUGCCGCUGCUGCUUCCUCUGGUCUUGGUGGAUUUGGAGGUGGAUCUGCCGCUGCCGCUGCUGCCGCUGCUGCUGCCUCUGGUGCUGGUGGUCUUGGUGGUAUUGGAGGUGGAUCAGCAGCUGCAGCUUCCGCCGCUGCUGCUGGAGGUGCAGCUGCCGCCGCUGCUGCUGCUGCCGCUUCCUCUGGUGGUGUAGGAGGAUUUGGUGGAUGGGCUCCUUCAUACUACAUGCCCUCUUAUAGCUAUCCAGUUAUGAUGGGUGGCUUCAGAAGCAAGAAGGUAUACUAAUUGAAAGAAUGAAGAACGGACUGUUAUUGGUUUUUGAUUUGAUUGUUUGUAUAUUCUAUAUGUGUAAUAAAUGUCCCAGCAGAUUUCAA